AUGCGCCUCAGAGGUCAGGAGCGGAGAGGGCUGGUCAAGCCGUGCGAGGUCAGCUGUGGAGGGCGUGAGAGCCUUCACCACCCGGAGGUGGCUCAGCUCCAGCGUCCUGACUGCCGCCUUUUGAAUGGGGAGUCUUCGCUGGUGACUGUCGCUUCAGCCCUCCUGUUGUGGCCGCGAGUCCGAUUCUUAAGAGUGCAGUUUCCGUGGUCCGGGUCAUUUGGUUGCUCUGCUGUGCUCCGUCACCUCCUAAAGAUGCAUCCUGACUUAUCUCCACACUUGCACACUGAAGAAUGCAACGUCUUGAUUAACUUACUUAAGGAAUGUCACAAAAAUCACAGCAUUCUGAAAUUUUUUGGUCAUUGCAAUGAUCUCGAUCGGGAGAUGAGAAAAUGCUUGAAGAAUGAGUACAUGGAAAAGAGGACCAAGAGCAGGGAGCAUGGCAAUGCGAUGAGAAAAAGACUUUUUAAUCCCACAGAGGAAUCUGAAAAAUAAAUUAGAGGCAUACCUCGUUUUAUUGUGCUUCGUUUUAUUGAGCUUCGCAGAUAAUGCAUUUUUUCAAAUUGAAGGUUUGUGGCAACCCUGCGUCGAGCAAGUCUAUUGGCGCGUUUUCCAACAGCAUUUGUCACCUUGUGUCUCUGUAUCACAUUUUGUAAUUCUCACAGUAUUUCAAACUUUAUAAUCACUAUCAUAUUUCUUAUGGUGAUCUGUGAUGUUACUAUUGUAAUCGUUUUGGAGUGCCACAAGCGUGCCCAUAUAAGACCGUGAACUUAAUCAGUGUAUGUAUUCUGACUGCUUACCCACCAGCCAUUCCCUCAUCUCUCCCUGUCCUUGGGCCUCCCUCUCCCCUGAGACUCAACAUAUUGAAAUUAGGCCAGUUAGUAAUCCUAUGAUGAUGGUCUCUCAGUGUUCACGUAAAAGGAAGAGUCUGCCAUCUCUCACUCUCAGUCUAAAGCUCGACAUGAUUAAGCUCGGUGAGAAAGGCACAUUGAAAGCUGAGAUAGGCUGGAGCCAGGCCUCUUGCACCAGUCGGCGAAGUUGUGAAUGCAAAGGGAAAGUUCUUGAAGGAAAGUACAAGUGCUACUCCGGUGAACACACAAAAACGUUAAGAAAGUGAAACAGCCUUGUUUUAGUGUUCUGGACAGAAGAUCAAACAUCCCCUUAAGCCAAAGCUUAAUCCAGAGCAAAGUCCUAACUCUUCAAUUCUGUGAGGGUUAACAGGUGAGAAAGCUGCAGAAGAAAAGUUUGAAGACAUUGGUUUGUGAGGUUUAAAGGAAAGAAGCCAUCCCUAGGACGUACAAGUGCAUGGUGAAGCAGCAAAGGCUGGUGUAGAAGCUGCAGCAACGUUGAGGCAAGACCCUCCACGAGCAAAGGAUUAUGACUUGCUGAAAGCUCAGAUGAUACGGUUAGCACUUUUCAGCAAUAAAGUAUUUUUUAAGUAAGGCAUGUAUGUUGUUCUUUAGACAUAAUGCUACUGUACAUGUAAUAAACUACAAUAUUAUAUAAACAUAACUUUUGUAUGUGUUGGGAAGCCAAAGCAUUCAUUUGACUUAUUCUGUUGUGGUACUUGCUUUAUUUUGGUGGUCUGGAACGAAAUCUGUGGUAUCUCUGAGGUUUGCCUGUAUCCUUUCUCUGGAUGCCGUGGCUGAGAGAAGACCUAAAGACUUAAAGGUCUUACCUGCAAGAAUCUUACCUCAUUUGGUCUCCAGAAUCUUUUGAAUGGGAAGUGACCUACGGAGAAAGACGGAAACCCUGAUUCUGAAUAUUUGUUGGGUGGAACCUUAGAUACGCUCUCUCAUUUGCCAACAUACCUGACUUCCAACACGUUUCUUCCCUUUGCCAGCAGUCAGUUAAUAUUUGUGUAACUUUCUCCUUCAAUAAAAUAAUUGACUUUAAUUAUA